AGGGCUCAGCCCAUUCAGUUCGGGCUGGGAGAGGUGUUUGGGGAUUUUUGUUGCCUCUAAGUUCUUCUAAAAUCCACACUUACUCACAACACUCCUUUGGCUGUGCAUCUUUGUUCAAAACACCGCUCUUUCAGUCAGCAUGAGAUAUCCACUGGUGAUUCUGCUCUGUGUGGGACUGCUGCACCAGGCAGUCUGGGCCAUCCGCAUGGAUAAACUCGCAGACAACAAGACCUGUGGAGAUGCAGAAUGUUCAUGUAAGUCAGAGAAGCAUGACGCAAUGAAAGCAUUCAUGUACUAAAAUUAUUCUAUCAGUCUACUUUUCCAUUACAUACUUCAGUGUUUCAUCUACACUCCUCCUUUUUUCUGUGUGCUAUUAGAUGUUCUCUCCAUGGCCACAGUUUUGGAUGACUUCAUAGCUCCUGACUGCAGAUUCAUCAACCUCAGAAGGGGUCAGAUGGUCUAUGUGUAUUCUAAACUCACACCAGAGGAGGGCGCUGGAGUCUUCUGGUCAGGGAGUGUAUGUACAAAAAAAACAAAGGAUGUGUAACAACUGUGAUCAUCGAGCUUUCUGGUCUCCUUGAGCAAAAUGUCCCAAGAGGCAUUUGGUUAAAUAUUCAGUUUUAUUGUAUUGGAAAUGCGCAAGCAUUUAAAUGACGUCAAGCUGAGGGAAAAAAAUGUUAAACGCAAAGAGCAUAUUUAAUGUGAGCUUAUGUUAAUUUGUGACAAAGGUCAUGUUAUUUUCUCUGGCAGGUCUACAGUGAGCGCUACGUGGACCAGAUGGGAAUUAUUGGAUACUUCCCUGCAACUGUGGUGAAGGAGACACAGAAGUUUAUGGAAGACACAGUGAAGAUACCAACAACAGUGAGUUUUAAAACUCAGAUUUCUCUAUCCUUCAAAUGAAAAUAAUGUUAAGAAAAUGUCAUUUUUCUUUCUUCUUUUUUGACAGGACACAGACUUCUACUGUGAUUAGGGCACAACACAUGGAUGACUCCUCAUGCUUUUAAAGUCUUGCUUUUAGAUACUCUGGCAGUUUUUGAGGAGACUAUAUACCUGGAAAAUCUCAGCCUUAAACACCCUUGUUGCUGAGUUACUUCAUCCAUUUUGUACACAGUGAUGAUUAUUUGAAAAGAUAUAUACUUGCCUUUAAAAAUUCCAAUUUGAUAUCUCAGCUCGGCAUUUGCAAUUUUAAUAUCUCAACCAGUUUUGAAUUGUUAAAGCAGAAGAAAAACAAAGUGACUGUGAAGAUCAUCUUCAAGUGUGAGAUAAAACCAACCAUCGUACGAUUUCACCUUUUACAGAAUUCCUGUCUUUCCAAACUAUGUACAGUCAGACUAAAUCAAUAAAUAAAGGGAUUAAUUCCAACAAUGUAAAGCAGUAUUACUGGUAUCUUGAUUGGGGAAUCUGAUCAAUGCAAUGACAUGUACUUCAUGUACUGUAGAUUGCUCAUAUUAAUAAAUGCUUCACUGCUGCACCAGUGUGGUCUGAAACCAUAACUUAGCGGUAGAGGACAGAUUAAAAGUGCAUAUUUAGUGAAAUGAAGAGUUUAUUUUCAUUCUUUUUACAAACACAUUAGGAAAUGUGCAGGAGUGCAUGUAAAAACUGUCCAAUCAUUGUCAGUAUGGUGUGUAGAUUAUUGUGUACUCAGUAAAGUCGAGUGACACCUUGUUGGCCAAUCACA